UCUUUCUAAGUCUUCAUAAUCAUCAAAGCUCUUAAAAUCUCAAAACACUUUGGCUGCUCUCUCCAUUCUCUUCCUCUUCUUUCUUUUCUCACUUAGAUUUUCCAAGACAAAAUAAAAAUAAUAGGAAAGAAAGAAAAAAAUGUAUGCAGAAACUGGUCUUUUCUUCCCUUAUUUGCAGAACUUCUCUCAAGAGCUUCAACAGCUUGAGGAGUAUUGCAUGAACCAGAAAUCCAUUGAUUCAAUGAGUGACCUUGCUCAAUCUUCAGUAAUGACAGAGUAUGAUCUGUUAGUAGAAGGAGAUUUGUUCAAAGCACCGGAACCUAUCAUCGAAGAACCACUGAUAGACGUGGAUCCGAUGACUGCAGCAGCCAUCUCAAUGAUAUCUUGCGGGGAAGAUGUAUCCUCACAGGGUCUAGAAUCUCAGGACAUCGACAUUCUUCAGAACGAUAAUCAGCUCUUGAGUGAGGUGUUCUACGAGUGCAAAAAGGAUCUCAUAGAGAAGGCAGCUAUAGAGUCACCGCUGUCUGAUAUAUUGGAAAUCAAUAUUCCUGCUCUGAAUGUAGAUGACAGUUUCACUCAGGAAAAUAAACCAAUUCCUGAUGUGCCAUUGGCCAAGAGUGUCAGUUCUAGAAGCUUGAGUGCAAUGGAUUGGAUGAAUUCUGUUGGCAUGAAGCCUGCUUUUCUAGAAUUCCCUGGAAUUGAUUUCAAUGAGGUUUAUGGCAUGCGACGAGCAUUUAGUGACGGAGAUAUAAAGACACUUGGUAAUGGAAACAUGAAUGUUGCUCAAUCUCCCCAUGAUAGGCCUUCUCUUCUUAGCAACUGCACCAGCGAGGAACGGCAAGAAAAACUCUCGAGAUAUAGAAACAAGAAGACAAAGAGAAAUUUUGGAAGGAAGAUUAAGUAUGCUUGCAGGAAGGCACUCGCCGACAGCCAGCCAAGAAUCCGCGGAAGGUUUGCAAAGACGGAAGAAUCUGACAUAAAGAGGCAAUGAAUCUUAACCCUGAUUUUGAUGGAAGCAAUUAGGAAAAUCAUCAACCAAGCAUCUAUAUCGGAUCAAGAAGAGAAGAGCUUAUUAAUACAAUAUGUGCGUAUAAUGGUAGACUUAGUGGAGUUUGUAUUAUUAACUUGAACAGAUAUAGAUGGCUGAAUAAGACCGAACCUCCAUAAAACUCCUUAGGGGAAGUUCACUUUCAACUCUCAAUCUACUGUAAUAGCCUGUUUUUUUCACGGAAGUAAUCUUCCUUGUUCAUCUGUAAAUAGGUUUGUUGAAUAAAAGGAAAAGAGGAGUGUACCAUGUUCAAUUA